ACUCAGCCUCCCUACCUCCCCAGCUGUGAUAGCACUGGAGCUUCCCGGACACCUGGACCAUGGACCCUGGGGAAUGUAACUGCAUGUCUGGAGGAAUUUGCAUCUGUGGAGACAACUGCAAAUGCACAACUUGCAACUGUAAAACAUGUCGGAAAAGCUGCUGUUCCUGCUGCCCCCCGGGCUGUGCCAAGUGUGCCCAGGGCUGCGUCUGCAAAGGGGGCUCAGACAAGUGCAGCUGCUGCCCCUGAAACACAUCCAUUGUGCUGGGGGCAAGGCCUGGGAAAUGUCUGUACAGUGCAUUAGUCAAGAAGUUGGAAUAAUUGUACAAUAGAUUAUGCUUUUUAUAUAUUUGCCCAGAUGUAGCAUUGUUGGUGACAUUUGUGUAAAGGGCUUAAAGCAAUAAAGUUUUCACUCAUG